AUGUUGAGAGUGACAGGCUACACUGGUGGAGCUGUUGCCAUCAAGUGUAAAUAUCACAAUGAUCAUCGACAGAAUAAGAAGUAUUUCUGUAAGGGCACAACAGGAUUGACAUGCAGUGAUCUCAUUAAGACUGGUGUUAAAAAUCAGUGGGUGACUGUUGAGAGGUUCUCUCUGUAUGACCACACCACUGGAGGAUUUUUCAUGGUGACAUUCAAAGACUUGACCUUAGAGGACACUGGGACAUAUUAUUGUGCUGUGGAUGAAAUGUUAUCUCCUGACAAAUACACAAAAGUAGAUUUGAAGAUAAUGAAAAAUGAAUGCUGUGAGAAUGCCCUCAAUCUGUCUGCCUAUGUGGGAGACACAGUGCAUAUCAGCUGCAAGUUCCCACAAGAGUUCAAAAAGUGGCCUAAAUAUUUUUGUAAGGAGGCUGGGCAUCAGGGAUGUAAGUACAAACUAUCAACUCCAGAGGACCAAACCAGGGUUGGUGAUGAGAAGCUCUCUCUCCAUGACAACAGAGAAGGAGUCCUGACUGUGUCCAUCUCCAGCUUCAGCACCAGUGAUGCUGGGUCCUACUGGUGUGGAGUGGACAUGGGGGAUUAUGAGGCCUUGAUCACACAUGUGCAGCUGACUUCAACCAAGUGGUGUUGUGUUAACACCAUCCAAAUGACUGGACUCUUAGAAGGUGACUCAGUCCACAUCAGCUGCCCUUACCCACAAGGCUAUGAGGACACAGAGAAUCAAUAA